CACGUUACCAUUGUUUGAGUGGGAAACCAGCAGCCUUGUUUCAUUACUUUUGAAAAUGCGUCUUUAUUGCUUAGAUUCAGCUUACUGUUUGGUGUUCAGAGUAUAGUAAUAGCUUGACAUUGUUAAAAAAUAUAUACAUUUGAUGACAUUUUUUUAGAAUGCUGUUUGUUUUGCUUCGGGUAAGCGGAUUCCCCUUUUUCCGACACAGAAGAUGGAUUUGAUGAAGAGCAAGGAAACAUGCAGGCCUGUUGUUAUUCAGAACCCUUACCUUCAGGACGUGAACGAGGACGUCCUGUACCACUUUAACCUGGGUAAAGGAACACACAACCUUCCUGCUCUGUUUGGUGACAUCAAAUUUGUGGCUGUUGGGGGCAGUGCAGAGCGAAUGAGAGAGUUCAUUGAGUACAUUGCCACCGAGCUUGGUAUUGAAGACGCCCAAUCAAGUUACCCCAAUAUAUGUGCGGGAACAGAUCGCUAUGCCAUGUACAAAGUCGGCCCUGUACUCUCUGUCAGCCAUGGCAUUGGCAUCCCAUCUAUUUCCACAAUGUUGCAUGAGCUGAUAAAACUCCUGCAUCACGCUCAGUGCACGGAUGUUACAAUAGUACGCAUCGGAACAUCAGGUGGACUAGGCCUCGAGCCUGGUACUGUGGUUGUCACCAGACAGUCUGUGGAUGCCACAUUCCUGCCCAAAUUCGAGCAGCUGAUCUUGGGGAAGAAGGUGGUCCGCGAUACUGACCUGGACCGCUGCCUGGCCGAAGAGCUGUUUGAGUGCAGCAAGGAGCUGGGUCAGUUUGAGACGGUCAUAGGCGACACCAUGUGCACUCUGGACUUCUACGAAGGUCAAGGCCGUUUGGAUGGAGCUUUCUGUUUUUACACCGAGAAGGACAAAUACGAAUACUUGACCAAAGCCCGGGAAGCAGGCGUCUGCAAUAUCGAAAUGGAGUCCACCGUCUUUGCUGCCAUGUGCAAACUGGGAAACCUACGAGCGGCUGUGGUUUGCACUACAUUACUGGACCGUCUGAAGGGAGACCAGGUGACGAGCUCUCGUGAUGUCCGCCGCGACUAUGAACAGCGCCCUCAGAGACUGGUGGCCUACCACAUCAAGAAGCAGCUAAAGGCCAAAGCUCAUAAUAGCUGAACGUUGCACUCCUGGUAUUAAAAGAUUGUUGAUUCGUUGAGCUUAAAUAUUCAUAUUCACGCUGCUUUUUCCGAUUCAAGAGUACUCAGCGACGACGAUAUA